ACUGGUUCGAAUCGAAUGGAAAUAACUGAAAAUAGUACAUCAGUUGAUGUUGAACAUAAAAUGUGUGCAAAUUAUGAAAAAAAUAUUUGUCGAAAAAAAGAGACAAUUAGAAAAAUUUUUCAAAAAAUUAAAUUACUUCUUGAUGAACUUAAUAAAUAUUUAAAUACAAAAAAAAGUCAAGUUAUAUUUCAAAACGAUCUUUUACAAGAAAAUAAUCAACCGAAUUUUAUUCAAUUACAAUGUCGAACUUUAGAUCAACUUAAAUGUCAUCUUGAUAAUAUUAUACAUAUUGGUUAUGAUCUUGGUCUAUAUGGACUUUUUUUAGGAAUAAUAUCAUUAAAAAAUUAUCUUGAAUCAAAAAAUGCCUUAAUAAACAUAACUGAUAAAGAAGCAAAAGAUUUAUAUGAGAAGAUAAUAAAAAGUCUUGAUUCUUUAAUCAAUAAUGAAUUCAAAAAUUUACCUGAAAAUCGUCAAAUUCUUUAUAGUGAUAAAGUAAUUAGAUUAGAAGAAAUUAUAAAAAAAAAUAGUCUUGGUCAAUGUAUUGUUUUUGUUGAACGAGUAUAUGCAGCAGCAUUUUUAUAUCAAGUCUUAGGUAAAAUCUUUGGUGAUUCUAUUAAAAUUAAAUAUCUUGCUGGUUCGAAAGCUUAUAUUGAUGGUAUAAGUGUUUCAAAUAAAUAUCAACGUGAAGUAGUAGAAGAAUUUCGUCAAAAACAUAUUAAUGUUUUAAUAUCUACAGCAAUUAUUGAAGAAGGUUUGGAUAUUCCAGGAUGCAAUCUUAUUAUUCGAUUUAAUAAACCAAACAAUUUUUCAUCAUAUAUGCAAUCAAAAGGACGUGCAAGAUCACGCAAAGGAAAUGCAUUAUUUGUUCUUUUCCGAGAUGAAUCUGAAUAUGAAGAAUAUGAGUCGAAUAAAGAAGAAUAUCGAAAUUAUGAAUUUAUGGAAAAACUAUUAAAACAAAAUUUUAAAGUUGAUUAUGAUAGUGAUAGUUCUUCUAAUGAUGAUCAUAAUACAUUAAGACCUUAUCGAACUGAAAAUGGAGUCAAAAUUGAUGGCAUACGUUCAAUACAAAUCAUCAAUCAAUAUUGUGCUGUACUCGGCAAUAGUGAAAUUUUAUCACCACGAUUUUGUUUUUAUACAAACGAAAAUAAUAGAUUCAAAUGUAUUCUAUCAAUGCCAACAAAUUGUCCUAUACGAGAAGAUAUUAUUUGUGAAAAUAGUAAUAAAAGAUUAGCUAAACAAGAAUGUUGUUUGAAAAUGGUUGAAAUGCUUCAUAAGAAAGGCGAACUUGAUCAACGUUGUUUACCAAUUCGUCCUGCUCAAUGUUUAACAACCGAUGAUGAUGAUGAUGAUGAGGAGACUGAAAAAAUAUCGUUCGAAAUUAUUGAAAAACAGAGUUCCUAUUUCUUUCAUGAUUACAAUAGUUUAUCUACUUGUUGGCAUUUGUAUAGAAUCAAUAUUUCGAACAAUAAUGAUCUCGGUUUUAUUGUACCUAAUGAACUAAUUAAGUUACCAAAAUUUAAUUUAUACGGACGUAAUGAUGUAUUAACUGUAAAAAUUACGUAUUUGAAACCAAUUGAUUUAAAACCAUAUAAAAAUCAACUUGAAUUUUUUUGUCGAUAUAUUUUUGAAGAAGUUUUUGAUGAUAUGAAUACAGGAUUAGAAUCAAUACUUAAAUUCGAUAUUGAACAUUCUACUUUUAAAUUAUUUCCAUGUCUUUUGAACAAAUCUGACGAUAUUGAUUAUCAACGAAUGAUGACAAUAUGUGAUAGGAAAAAUAAGUUUAUUCAAAAUUUAUCUGAAUUAAAUGAUAAUGAACUUUAUUAUCCUUCGUAUCCAUCAAAAAAACAACUUUAUACAAAUAUCUCUGAUGUUUCUCUUUUGAAACGAGUAACAGAUAAAUGGGAAUAUAAAAAACCACUAGAAACAAUCGAAAAUUAUGCUGAUUAUUACGAACAUAAAGUACCAAAUAUUCAUAUUCAACGAGAUCUUUCAAUGGCUACAAUGAAAGGUUUCCGAAAACCAAGAAUAAAUUAUUUGAAAGAUUCUCCAUUAAAGAAAGAAAAAGAAACGAAUAGUUUAAUAAUUACACAAUAUUCUUAUUAUCCAAUUGAAGUUCUUCAUUAUGGUCCACUCAAUCAAACCGAUUUUGAAUUAUUUUUUAAAUUACCAAGUAUUCUUGUUCGUAUUUCACAAUUAUAUUACAUAGAACAAUUGAGAAAAUUAUUAGCUGAUAAAAUUCGAUCUUAUUCGCUGUUCGAUAAUGAACAUAUGUCAAUUGUUACUUUUGAUGAUUGUCUUACUAAUAUAUUUUCAUCAAUUCCAUCGAAUGUCUUAUCACUGGUUUCUUUUAAUUAUAAUUUUUCAUUAAAAAAUAUUAAUGAAUUUCAACCAUCAUCAAAUUUAAUUUUUCAAUCAAUUACUCGACGUUCAGCAAAUGAAAAUACUGAUAUGGAAAAUUUAGAAAUACUUGGUGAUUGUUUUCUUAAACUAGCAAUAUCUAUGUCAUUCUAUCAUCAAUAUCCAUUCGAUAAUGCUGGUAAAUUAACAUUAAAAAAAGAUAAACAAGUAUCCAAUGAAAAUCUUUAUCAAUUAGCUAAGAAACAAGAAUUAAUUAAUUACCUAUAUGUUGAUAAAUUAAUUUAUGAAGGUAAAGAAGCUAAUUGGAUACCGCCUGGUUAUAAAAUCGAUGAAGAAAUCUCACAGAAAUAUACUAAACAAAAAGCUAAACGAAAAGCAUUUGCUGAUAUGAUAGAAGCAUUAAUUGGUGCAUUUUUAAUUUCGACGAAUUAUAUAACAACUAUGAAAUUUAUGAAAUGGUUAGGUCUUGAUGUAAUUCCAAUCAAUUCGGAAAAACCACCAUCAAUUCUACGUGCUGAUCUAUCUGAUACAAUAGAUAAUGUUAAUAGUAAAAUUCAAGAAUUUUUUAGUAAUUUUGCAUUUGAUGAUAUUGAAAAAAAGAUCAAUUAUGUUUUUAAGAAUAAAGCUUAUCUAAUUGCAGCAUUUACUCAUCCAUCAUAUUAUAAUAAUCGUCUUACUCAAUGUUAUGAAAGAUUAGAAUAUUUGGGAGAUGCUAUAUUAGAUUUUCUGGUAAUACGAUGUAUUUUUGUUGAGUAUUAUAAACAAGUUACACCAAGUCGAGUAACAGAUAUUCGACAAGAUUUGUCAAAUAAUGGUCGUUUAGCAUAUAUACUUGUUUCUUGUGAUCUUCACAAAAAAAUUCUACAUCAAUCACCAUAUCUCUUUACUCGAAUAACAUCUUAUCUUGAAAACCAAACUCUCUUCUCACAAGAGCAAUCUAUGAAGGACAAAUUGAACAAAGUAACAUUAGUUUUCGCGAAUGAAGAUCCAUGGGAUCCGCUUUAG